UCUUUCUUCUCUCAACAGGUACCUUAACAUGGGGAACCUUCUUAAAGUUUUGACGUGCACAGACCUGGAGCAGGGACCAAAUUUUUUCCUUGACUUUGAAAGUGAGAACUUUUUUUUAAAAACUGCUGAAGCAACAACGGUCUUGGUUUGCUCUGAAUGUGAAAAGCCAGUGUUUGAAAAUUUCCCUUUGCUUUCCCCCGAUGCAGAAGCUGCACUACGGGGUCUUCUUGGGGCCCUGACCAGCACCCCAUACUCUCCCACACAGCACCUGGAGCGAGAGCAGGCUCUUGCAAAACAGUUUGCAGAAAUCCUUCAUUUUACACUCCGGUUUGAUGAGCUAAAGAUGACAAAUCCUGCAAUUCAGAAUGACUUCAGCUACUACAGAAGAACGUUGAGUCGCAUGAGAAUCAACAAUGUCCCAGCAGAAGGAGAAAAUGAAGUAAAUAAUGAACUGGCCAACAGAAUGUCUUUAUUUUAUGCUGAAGCAACGCCCAUGUUAAAAACCUUAAGCGAUGCAACAACAAAAUUUGUUUCAGAGAAUAAAAACUUACCCAUAGAAAAUACCACAGAUUGCUUAAGCACUAUGGCCAGUGUUUGCCGAGUCAUGCUGGAAACCCCGGAAUACAGAAGCAGGUUCACGAAUGAGGAAACAGUAUCGUUCUGCCUGAGGGUAAUGGUGGGUGUCAUAAUUCUCUACGACCAUGUGCAUCCAGUAGGCGCCUUCGCAAAAACUUCAAAAAUUGAUAUGAAAGGAUGCAUUAAAGUUCUCAAAGACCAGCCUCCAAACAGUGUAGAAGGCCUUCUAAAUGCGCUCAGGUACACAACAAAACAUUUGAAUGAUGAGACUACCUCCAAGCAAAUCAAAUCUAUGUUGCAAUAACAGUUACCUGGAAGUCCUGCCCUGCUGAAUACAGUAUUCUGCAAUGACUGAGAUGCACAGAUCUUUUCAAAGUGAUUGCAACUACUAUCUUGUUCAGUCUUGCUUUUGAAUUUUUUUCUUGUCCUCUCUUCCAUAUUAAAAAAAAAUCACGUCCUUGUUCUUGAGUAAGCUGGUAACUUCUUUUUUCUGUGCCAAAAUCAAUGAAAAUUAUCACCUCUGGAAGGUAAUUUGUACUUUUCAGAGUGGCCAUUCUACGUGGCAGCUAAUUCUGCGUUGCGUUUUUGGAUUUCUCUGUACUGGAGAAAGUUCUGUGACUUGAACUAAAUAUUUUUAAACGUGUUUUUUUUUCCUUUUUUGUUUUUGGAAAACUAAUAUUUAAUAUUGCUUCUUGUGCAUGGCAAAACUGCCUAUUUCUGCUAUUUAAAAGAAAGAGACAAAGAAAGAAAGAAACCCUCAUUUUCUAUUGCAGCUUUUUUAUGUGCAACCAUGAGGAAACUUCAAAGCAGAUUUGUUUAAAUUAACUGUGUUUGUACAAAUGGUACCCAACACAAUGGUUUUUUUUUAAAGAAAAAAAAUAAAUGGGUAAAAACUGUUUGUUUUAAAAAGUUCAGUUUGCAUUUUGACUCAUUUUUGUAAGGAUGUCUGUUGUAUGUUUAAUAACUAACGUUUCAGGAAAAAAAGUGGUGUGUGCGUAGCCAAAUUACGUAUGCAUGUUUGUGUCAAAUGAUUGGCUGUGGAAGACACCAAUAAAGACUGGCUUUCAUUUUUCUAA